UGGUGACGGAACCGGAGUGUGGCAGAUUGUGAUGCAGGAAAGCAUGCUUUCGUCGCGGCGAUCUCCACCUUUCCCGGGGGAGGAGGGCCAGGAGGGAGGCGACGAUGAAUCCAAGACGAGGAAGAAUGCCUCCUUCGGUGCCAGGGUAUUCUUGAGUGCAAGGUCUGCUCUCUCCGGCCAGUGCGCCGCCAUCUCGAUCUUCCUCUUCCUCCUCUUCGUCUCCGUCGCUUCCUUCGUCCUCUCCCGCUCGUUUUCCGCGGUCUGCGUCUCACCCUAUGAUCCAUCUACUCGCGCUUUGCUCUUCAGGGCUACCCUCGAAGGCCUCGCCUCCGAUUUCGGAUCUCUCGGCGUGCCCUGGUGCAGAUCGAAACAAGGGGAAACUGUAGAGUGGACGAGAAAGGACCUGCUCAAAGGCUUGGAAGAGUUUGUGCCCAUCUAUGAGACUCGCCCAAUCAAGAACAACAUGUAUGGCAUGGGCUUUGACCACAGCUUUGGGUUAUGGUUCAUGGCACGUUGGCUGAAACCAGAUCUGAUGAUAGAAAGUGGUGCUUUCAAAGGCCACUCUACUUGGGUUCUUCGGCAGGCAAUGCCAGAGACCCGGAUAAUAUCACUGUCGCCUCGCCACCCAGGGAAGUAUCUGAAGAAGGGGCCUGCAUAUGUUGAUCAGAAUUGCACUUACUUUGCAGGAAAGGAAUUUGUGGAUUUUGGCAGUGUUGACUGGGAGAAUGCUAUUAAGAAGCAUGGCAUUUCUGACUUGAGUAGGGUUCUUGUUUUCUUUGAUGAUCACCAAAAUGAACUGAAAAGAUUAAAAGAGGCUCUAAAUGCUGGUUUCCAGCAUCUUAUUUUUGAAGAUAACUAUGAUACUGGAACUGGAGACCAUUAUUCCUUAAGACAGAUAUGCGACCAAUACUACAUUAGAGGAGGUGGACACAGCUGCUUCAUAGAGAGUGAUGAAGCGAGGAUUAGGAUGAAAAGGAAAAAGUUCUGGGAGAAAGCUGUGGACCGAGAUGAACUUUGUGGAAGUGGUGAAAAUUGGUGGGGUGUCCAGGGUUAUAUGCGAGACAAUUUCAACCAUAGCAACAAGGCAAUCUCCUAUGAAGAACAUUUUCAAAACAGUAGGUUCGUGGAGUCUGUAUUGGAUGUUUACUGGGAACUCCCACCAGUUGCUGGUCCUUCACUUACUCAUCAAACAAGGUACGACCCUGCCCGUGCCUCAGAUCCAAUUAUUGAAGAUGGAAGAUUCGGCUUGUUCCAAAGGCUUGGUCUAACAAAAUUUGAAACUUCAGUUUUCAAUGGAUAUACACAAAUGGUAUAUCUUCAAGUAUCUCCCCCGACCUCUUGAGAUCACACGGAAAUCUAACUUGUUUUGUUGAUUUUCAUAUUUCCUUUGAGUUUCUAGAUUGUUAUCUGUACAUAUCUUUUUGUUUCUUCGUUUCAAGUUGGAUAUGUUUGUCUCAUUAGACCAAAUGAUUUUAAGGAGUUCAUUUCUUUGCUCCUA